CGAGCCAUAAGUUGGUGUGUGACAGUAGGCGUGUGUGUCCCUGUAAAGUGAUCGUGGCAGGGCAGAGAGAGAGAGAUGUAGCACCGGGACUCUCCUCUGUCACUUUCACUUGUAAUCAUCUGUCUGGCGCAAUGGGGACGUUUUAAAGCGCCUGCUUUACGAGGAGUCGCAUUGUACGGACGAGCCACGCAAUGCGACCGAGGAGAGCUGCCUCUCGGAGGAUCUAUUGCGGCUUCUGGACUGCUUCGUCGGAGUAGCUUGGUGCUAGCGCGGGGCUAACGUCUUGUGCUGGCUUCUCCGGAGCGUAUCCUGUCAAGAUGCUGCGGUGGAUACGGCAGCAGCUGCAUCAAUUGCAGGUUCUUCAAAAACAGAAACUCUGGUGUCCAAAGUAAAUCAUGAGUCCCAAGCGCCUCAGCCUCCGAGUUCAGCUUCAUCUUAAAUUGAGCCUUGCCUGUGAAUCACCGGCAGCAGUCCCCAGCACAGAGGCGAAUCAGGGCUUUGACCCUCCUCAUCAAAGUGACACCAGGACUGUUUAUGUAGCAAACCGUUUCCCCGAGAUUGGCCAUUACAUACCGCAGAACUUCGCAGACAACAAAAUCAUCUCAUGCAAGUACACAGUCUGGAAUUUUGUCCCCAAGAAUCUGUUCGAGCAGUUUCGCAGGAUAGCGAACUUCUAUUUCCUCAUCAUCUUCCUUGUGCAGUUAAUGAUAGACACUCCGACUUCCCCAGUUACCAGCGGGCUGCCUCUCCUCUUUGUGAUCACAGUUACAGCUAUUAAACAGGGCUAUGAGGACUGGCUGAGGCACAAAGCGGACAACGAGGUGAACGGAGCUCCAGUGUUUGUGGUUCGCAGUGGGAGUCUGGUCCAGACGAGAUCCAAAAAUAUCAGGGUUGGGGACAUUGUCCGUGUUGCUAAGGAUGAGACGUUCCCAGCUGACCUGGUGCUGCUGUCGUCGGAUCGUGUGGACGGCACCUGUCACAUCACCACCGCCAGCCUUGAUGGAGAAACCAACCUUAAGACCCAUUUUUCUGUGCCAGAGACGUCGGUGUGUCAGUCGGUGUCCCAGCUGGAGGCCUUGGACGCCGUGGUGGAGUGUCAGCAGCCUGAGGCCGACCUCUACAGGUUUGUUGGACGUUUAACUGUGACGCAGCAAGAAGAAGAGAUCGUCCGACCGCUGGGUCCAGAGAACCUGCUGCUGCGAGGGGCCAGGUUGAAAAAUACCAAAGAAAUAUUUGGUGUGGCCGUUUAUACAGGGAUGGAAUCCAAGAUGGCGCUCAACUACAAGUGCAAGUCCCAGAAACGCUCGGCUGUUGAGAAGUCGAUGAACACCUUCCUGAUCAUCUACCUGGUCAUCCUGCUGUCGGAGGCGAUCCUCAGUACCAUCCUGAAGUACACCUGGCAGGCCGAAGACGAGUGGAACGAGCCUUUCUACAACCAGAAGACCGAGCAGGAGAGAAACAGCAGCCCGAUCCUUCAGUUCAUCUCAGACUUCCUGGCGUUCCUGGUUCUCUAUAACUUCAUCAUUCCCAUCUCGCUCUACGUUACUGUGGAGAUGCAGAAGUUUUUGGGCUCCUUUUUUAUUAGCUGGGAUUUGGACCUGUACCACGAGGAGAGUAACCAGAAAGCUCAGGUCAACACGUCUGAUCUCAAUGAGGAGUUGGGACAGGUUGAAUAUGUGUUUACAGACAAGACGGGUACGCUAACAGAAAAUGAAAUGCAGUUCCGCGAGUGUUCGAUAAACGGCAUCAAGUACCGGGAGAUGAAUGGCAAACUGGUACCAGAGGGGAGGACGGGGGAGUCACCAAGCGGUUCUUCACCCCAGCUGUUGCGUGAGGAGUUAUUAUUCCUCAAGGCCGUGUCACUGUGUCACACCGUCCAAAUCAGCUACAACCAGUCAGAGACUUGGCUGGGAGGGGAUCCAUUCUCCCACACCGACAGUUUCGCCUUCAGCCACAUGGAGUACUACGCCGCCUCGCCGGAUGAGAAGGCUCUGGUCGAGGCAGCGAGGAGACUUGGCGUGGCGUUCACAGGCUGCAGCGGGGACACCAUGGAAAUAAAUACAUUUGGGAAAUCUGAAAAGUAUAAACUGCUCCAUGUGUUGGAGUUCGAUCCGUACCGCAGGAGGAUGAGCGUCAUCCUGGAGACUCCCUCAGGAGGGAAAGUGAUUUUCACAAAGGGUGCCGAGUCGGCCAUAUUGCCUUUCGCCACAACUGGAGAGGUUGAAAAAACCAGGCUGCAUGUGGACGAGUUUGCUUUGAAAGGUUUGCGUACCCUUGUCAUCGCCUGCCGCCACUUGAGUCCGAAGGAGUACAUCGAUCUGGACAAGCAGCUGACGUCGGCUCGCACGGCUCUGCAGCAGCGCGAGGAGAAACUGAAGCAAGCUUUCGCCUACAUCGAAAGCAAACUGCACCUCCUAGGAGCGACCGGCGUCGAAGACAAGCUUCAAGACAAAGUUCCAGAGACUAUCGAAGUCCUGCGUCUGGCGGGAAUCAAAGUAUGGGUGCUGACGGGGGACAAACACGAGACGGCGGUCAGCGUCAGCUUGUCGUGCGGCCAUUUCCACCGAACCAUGAACAUCCUGGAGCUUCUGAAGCAGCGCUCGGACAACGAGUGUGCAGAGCAGCUCCGCAGGCUGGCCCGAAGGAUAAAGGAAGACCACGUCAUCCAGCACGGCUUGGUGGUCGACGGCGCUAGUCUGUCGUUAGCAUUGAGGGAACAUGAGAGGCUAUUCAUGGAAGUGUGUAAAAACUGCUCAGCUGUGCUCUGCUGUCGCAUGGCCCCGCUGCAAAAAGCCAAGGUUGUUCGUCUGCUAAAGACUUCUCCAGAAAAGCCAAUAACAUUAGCUGUUGGGGAUGGAGCCAAUGAUGUCAGUAUGAUACAGGAAGCUCAUGUAGGCAUAGGCAUCAUGGGAAAGGAGGGUCGUCAGGCCGUGAGAAACAGUGACUAUGCAAUCGCCAGGUUUAAGUUCCUGGCUAAACUCCUGCUGGUCCACGGCCACUUCUACUACAUUCGAGUAGCUACUCUUGUACAGUACUUUUUCUACAAGAAUGUGUGUUUUACUACGCCACAGUUUUUCUACCAGUUCUUCUGCUUGUUUUCACAACAAACUCUGUAUGACAGUGUUUACCUGACGCUGUACAACAUCUGCUUCACCUCGCUGCCCAUCCUUGUGUACAGUCUGUUUGAGCAGCUGGUCCACCCCGACGUCCUGCAGGCUAAACCUGGCCUCUACAGAGACAUCAGCAAGAACUCUCUGCUGUCGUUCCGGGCGUUCCUGCACUGGACGGUGUUGGGCUUCACUCACGCCUUUGUGUUUUUCUUUGGGGCCUACAUCCUGAUGGGAGAGGACGCCUCACUCACGAGCAACGGACAGAUGUUGCGAGCUAACAGGCAGCUGAUGUUUGGGAACUGGACGUUCGGCACGCUCGUCUUUACUGUCAUGGUGAUCACCGUCACGCUGAAGCUCGCGUUGGAGACUCAGUUCUGGACCUGGAUGAACCAUUUUGUGACGUGGGGCUCAAUCGCUUUCUAUUUCAUCUUCUCUUUCUUUUACGGAGGCAUCAUCUGGCCCUUCUUGCACACCCAGGACAUGUACUUUGUCUUCGUCCAGCUGUUGUCCUGCGGCUCGGCCUGGUUCGCCAUCGUCAUCAUCGUCCUCACCUGCCUGUUUCCUGAAAUGACGAGGAAGGUUCUCUACAGACACCUGUGUCCCACCAGCACACAGAAGAGCCAGUCUCUAUCCGCCCCCCAGGCGCAGGCCCUCAGCUGUGUGGAGUCCCUGUGCUGCUACCAACAUGGGCAAAGCGGCUGUUCCCGCCUGGCCCGCCUCCUGGAACAAAUGACGGGACAAUGCAAGGCCGGCGUCAACAAUUGCCACUCAUCCAGCCGCAGCAACAGGUCUUGGAGCGACACAGAGAACUUCUACUCCAAUGACCGAACCAUCCUGACUCUGUCGCCCAUCGAGGCCAGCCGCUGUUGACUCCCACGGCCGCCACCCCUAACACACACACCGGUACCGUUUUACGAGCCCACUCCAGUUUAAAAUCAGUGGGAACCAGCCAGGAUCGGGUCCGUAGCGUCUUUGUGUCCCUGCGGCUCACCGAUUCUUAGAAAGAACGAGACGAGCAUCAGAGGAAAUGAAACGGGUCGGCCUGGUUUUGCCGUCUCCCGUCGGAAGAUACGAUCAGCGCACGGACAGGAAAUAUCAGAUUCCUGAAAGAUGAUCCGAGAAACAUAUUUAAAAACAAGGAAGACAUCGGUUUCUUUCCUCUGAACAGAAAACAGACCUGAAUAUUAGCAAACUUACUCUAUCCAGACUAUUUUUUUUUUCUACAAAUGUUGCUAACGCUGCAAAAACACAAAAUCUAACCGGGUGUUUUUGGUCAAGUUUCAGCUGCAAAUGUCUUAGUACAUUUGAAUUAAGACAAAACUACCUUACAAGAAAGUUCUCAUCAAGAUGUAGGAGCUUUUAUAAAGUAAAUAAUGCCUUCAUGUUGAUUGACGUAAAAGUUCGAUACGAUAUCAGAGCCACACUAUGGAAAGAUUAAACUACGGGAAUAAAGUUGUAUUAUUCUAACUUCAUUCAUAUCCAAAUUUAUUUUCAACAUUUUAUUUUAAUAUUUUUCUUAGUUUGGCCCAUUUUAAGCAGAUUAUUUCAAUUGUUAGACAUUUUUCAGAAGAUAAAGUGGAACUCUCAUUAAAAUUACUGAAAUAUUGACUUAGAAAAAGCUCCUACUUCUUGCUGGAAAGUUGCUUCUAAGUUAGUUUUGUCUUAAUUCAAGUGAUCUAAGACGUUUGCAGUAGAAAUUGGACAGAAAUGCUUGGCAAGGUUUGGUUUUUGCGGUGAGAAAUGCUCGAAGCUCAGCUGAAGAUCCCGCUGCUUCCAGGAAUCUGAUCCGCUGCUGCACCUUUAAACUGCCGGUGAGACGGGAACGAGUUCUGUAGCAUCCAGAGGUUCUGCCGGGACCCGCAACAUAAACUACUGUGGUACCAAAGACCGCCCGGAUCAAGACUGGAGUGUAGCUCUUUAUUUUUGUGCCUGAUUGAAGCUCUUAUAGUUGUAGUUAAUAUUUUGUGCCCUCUCGUCCCCCGGAUGAGCCGGAUGUUUUAAAAAAGCCAUAUAGUUAAUACAAGUGAUGGAACUGCAGAUCAAACCUGUUGGAGCCUCUUGUUUCCUUGUUCUUGUUCCCUGCACUGCAAAAACACAAACUCUCACCAAGUAUUUUUGGUUUCUAAUACAAAUAUCUCAGUAUACGUAAGAUGAGACAAACCUAACUGACUAGAGGCUCUUCAGGGAGAUAUGGGAGCGUUUUUAACUCCGACGCCUUGAUAUUGAUGAAAAAGUGCAAGUUGUGAGGGAACUAAUCUUCCAGUAAAACCGACAUUUAAGAUGGAAAAACUUCAAUUGUCUCACUUUUAUAUUAAAGAGUUAUUGUCUUAAAACAAGCUCAUAUAUUGUGCUGAAAAGUUGCUUGUAAAUUAGUAACAUUUGCGCUGGAAACGAGACCAAAAUACUUCAUGGGAUUUUGUGUUUUUGAAGUGAAAAAUGCCUUUUCUCCAUCAGCCCAGCGACCAAAAGCCUCUUAGUUACAGAACCACAAACCGCAGGGAUUAUUUUAAAGAUGCAAGGCGGGAAAACGCAUAACCAGGUUCCUGAACGUUUCCCAGAGAAAUAAUUUAUCGACAAGCGUAACGGCGAGGAGCUUUUGGAAGUUGGCGUUGAUGCUCUUUAACGCUGCAAAAACAAAAUCAAGUUUGGUUUAGUUUCUAGUGCAGAUAUUUAAUUAAGACAAAACUGAUUCACAGUUAACUUGUUGGCAAAAUGUUGGAGCUUGCUACAACAAGCUCCAACAUUUAUUAUAAUAUAUUUAUUAUAAUUCCUUAAUAAUAAAUACGAACAGCGCUGCGCCGUUAGCUAGCAACGCCAGCCAAGCUCAGCCCAGGUCAGAAGUGAAACUUUUUCAUCAAUGUUUAGGAAUCGACUCACAACAAACUUCUGUUUCCUGUAAGUUAGUUUUGUCUCACAUUAAAUGAACUCAGAUGUUUGCACUAGAAAUUAAACCACAUCAGUUGGUGAUAUUCUGCGUUUUUGCGGUGAAAGUAGACUGAAGAAUGUUUUCAUGUUCAGGAAAAUUCCUUCAGAAAGAAAAGCUGAGCGUUUCCACAAACCACAUAUCAGAAAUAUCACAUUUUCUUGCUUCUCAUUGCUUCAAAAGAAAUUCAUUAACACCUCAGAAAUCAUUCAUGCCACGUUUUUGCUGUUUUCUUUUCGCCGCAUUCGUUUCCUCUGUGUGUGAAUGUGAGUGUUGAGGCUUCCUGAAGGCUACUAAUUCCCACCAAGACGUCUAACUGGUUUAAACUGGACACCAGUAGCCUCAGCACACCCAGGAAGAACAGGUUUCCAUUUGCUAAUUAUUUGAAUAUUGUUGUUUACUUUCUGUAAGAAACACAAACAGGUGCGACUGAUGAUGCGAAGGUGUAUUUAUUAUAGCUGUAAAAGGUUUUUUUGUUGUUUUUCUUGCAUAUAUCACAUUAUUGGUUCAUGGAGUUUAAAGACAAAUGUCCAGUUUGAAUAAUUAAAUGAUAAUUUACUAAAAUGCUCUUUUAACCAGCUGACCUCAUAGUUGCUGAUCGACCAGGAUGGACCUUCAUUUAUUGAUGUUCAAUAAAAUUAUCAAGUUUAUUUGCAGUUGAAUCAAGUCUCCUGAAAGUAUUUUUGUGACUUUUGGAAAGCUGUUAAAGUGGACUUGAAGCCAAUGUUUCCACAGCAGAACCAGCUGACUGAGUUGCAUCAUGGGUAUUGUAGUUAACGUGAACCAUUCUUACAAUCUUGCCUGCCUGAAGGAAGAUGUAGAUGCUCCAUUGGUGGGAAGUGUUGUGAUUUAAUCCAUUUAAAACAGUUUCACAGAAAACGAAAAUAUUACAAAAGACGAUUAAAAAGAACAUUUAGUACAGAAAUGUUGUCAUCAAUUAGCCGCCCUAAGAUUGUUUCUAAAGAAGCUAGUUGCUCUGAAUGAUCCAUCCAAUUACAUUAAGGGAAAGUUUAGUGGAAGGAAAAAGGUGUAAAGGGCAUUUUUAGUGUCUGCACAUCCUUGAAUUCGUUUAUCGAAAAUGUCUUCAAUUAGUGAAUUUUUUGAAAGUUUGCUGUUAAACACGUCUUAAAUUUUGUUAUGUCUGUGAGAAUUUUCUGACAGUUGAUCAGAUGUUGCUUGUUUUCUCCACUUUCUCGUUUCUGUUGGCCCGUACGAUGCUAAUGUUCAUUCUGAGUAAAAAAUAAAUUAAAAAAGCGUGACACUGCCAUAUAAAAUUAGUAAUUUUAUUUCUUAAAUUUAAUUUACAAGGGUCUUAAAAUGUCUUGAGUUCAUAAAACCGGCAGAAAGUUUGACUUUUUUUUUUUUCUCCCUGCCACACGUUUUCCUUCCACUAAACUAUCCAUUAAUAAAUCUUACAUACCCUGAAAGAGCCAGUUUUUUUUUGUUGUUAUUUUUUGCAGUUAUCUUUUAUGGCUUUACCCUUUCUGUAGAUGGUAGCAGUGACUAACAGCUGGAGAAAUGUCAAGCAUUUUAGGUUUUGAUAUUCUUGUUUUCGGAGAAGCUGAAUAAACCAACAGAACACAUUUUUCAUAAAACAUCUGGAGUUUCACUUUUCUAAUUUCAAUUGGUUUAAAUUUUUACAAGCUGUUCAAAUUUGAACCUUUUUAGUUUUACUGUAUGGAUUUGGACAGUUUAAAAACAUGAUGGCUCAGUUUAAGAUGCAACGUUUGAGCUGUAGUUCCCAUCAUGCAACUCAAAAGCAUCUUUUAUCUGACAGGCGGUCGUUUCCUGUUCCUCAUUUCUUGUUAAGCACUUCUGUUUAAAUGGUUGGUUCCCCUUUUAUCACAGUAUUUGCAUCUGAAUGAUGAAAGAGAUCAAGGAUCGUUCCUUUUCCUUCUUCAAUGUGAUCAGAAAUCCAGCUCUUUUCUUUUGGCUGUGUGAAAAACAAAAAGAUUUGCUUCAAAAUGUCUCCAUCUCAGAAAUCCAUCAGGACUGUAGAACCAUCUCCAGGUCUGGAUGUUUGUCUCGUUUCUGCAUUGAUGUUGCUGCUGGACCUUUUUCUGCAUGAGGAGGGCAGAACCAUACAUGAAACUGCAGAUCUAUUGCCCCCUUGUGGUCAGAGUGAGUAGAGCUGCUGGCCAAAAAAGCUACAAAUAAAUAUUGCCAGUUGUGCACACAUGCGUAAAAUGUUUAAAUCUAUCUAAAUUAAGGCUUUUAAGUACAAUGGAGUAUUGGGGUCAUGCUAAGGAAAUAAAGAUUAUGAGAAUUGAGUCAAACGCAUACGUCAGAUUUCUGACUUUAUUCUCUUAAAUGUUUUAUUUUUAUUUUCCUUAUUAUAAUUUAUCAAUUGAAAGUAAGACGAUAAAAACACAAUAAAGUGAUUUGUAUAACUUCUGGUAAUAAUCACUUUUUCUCAUUCUUACGACUUUAUGCUCAUGUUGUUUUUUUUUUAAUUUUGUAACAUUGGCUUUGUCCUCAUUACUUAUAAUUUAUUUUUAUAUGGCCUUAAUACUCUGUUGUAUUAAAAUGUCAUAAUUUUUUCUUCUUUUUUUUAAGUUGGCCUUUGAUAUAUUAAUUGCUCUUCUUGAAUUUUGUGAACAUUUUUAUUUCGUAUAUUCUGGGUUUUCUUUUCUUGUAAGAUUUUUAUUGUCAGGCAAAAGUUCGAGUUGUUCAGUGACUCGAUACGGUUGAUGCUACCGCUAACUAGUAACUAUUGUAUUUAGCUUUGUUAGCAGCUAGUUGUUACUAGAGUUUGCUAGAUCUCUAUCAAGGGCUAGGGCAAAUUAUUUGCUAUUUGGUACAUUUCUCGGAAGACAUGGGUCUUAAAUUGCAUUCAUAAUGACCUUAAAAUGUCUUGAACACAUUUAGGAGAUUACUUAAGAUUGUCGUUCAAUAUUUAAUCAUCCAUCAGAAAUAAAUUGUGCUUCUUUUUAUCAGCUGCUGACUUCUCCCCUCUGUUAUCUUUGAUUAAAUUUAGAUAUUUGUGAAAUAGAAUCAAGCCAAGUUUGAACUUUAUGGCCCCAAACAAGCAAAAUGCAUUUUAAAGUUGAAUCAAAUGAACGUUUCCUUAAUUGAAUCAUGAGGAUCAGAGUGAAAAUGUCAAAGCCAUCAGAUCUGUGCUGCUCCGUGUCCUGAGUUAUCACUUCUGUCCACUGAUAAAUUAUUCUGUCCCUCCUGUCUGUAUUCAUUAGAGGUGAAAUAUUAUUUACGAAAUAAAUACAUUUUUAUGAGAACAA